GGAGCAAAGUGCUGGUGGGGCGCAGACUGUGGAGAAGCUGCUGCGGUGAGAGAAUAAAAAGUCUGGAACUUUUUAAACGAGUAUUGUUCAGUUUCCCCUGCAGCGUUGGUGUCGAUAGCAUCGAUGCUGGGAUCGAUCCGCCCACCACUAGUUUGUGGUGAAAAGGUGUUGAGUUGAGCCCCAGAGAGAGAUUAGCAACGAGCAGAAAGUGCUGCUGAAGAAAGAUUGACGGAGUUGAAAGAAGUCUUGGUGGAGCCGGAGGAAGAGAUGGAGGAUGAGCGCAGACUGCUGGAUUUCAGCCGGAUCCCCCUGAUAAUCUUACAGCGAAUAGAUUCCAAAAAAUAUUGUGUCUGUAAAGACGAUGGAGUUCAGACUGAGCUCAGCAACCAGGGAAACUCCACUUUAGAUGAAGAGGUACCAGAACCUGGGCAGACAAAUAAGGAGAAAAAGGAACAAGAACAUCAACAGUUUGAAGAGGAAGAGAGGCAACUCUACAUCAGUCUGGCUGAAAAGCAGUUUUUGCUGCAACACAAAACUGACCACAUUUUAAUUAUUCCUUCUAAUGUGCAAAGACUCCCCAGUGAAGAAGAAGUUAGCACAAACAAACUCAUCUCUCAGGCCUCGCCAGAAGUUGAGAACCAGGAUCAGGAAGGAAACAAGGAGCAGACAGGAAAAAAGAGAGAAGAGCAGAAGCAAAAUGAGAAAUGUGAGGAAACCAAACAACAGAAAGGCACUGCUGAAAUUUCUAAAUCAAAAACUAAUAAGAAACCUCACUUUGACCAAAAUAUAUAUCCUUGUAAAAUUGGUUCUAAAAACUUUUCUCAAAAAAGUCACUUGAAUGCAUUGAGAACAGAUGAGGCUAAGAAGCCUUUCUCAUGUCUGAGCUGUGGAAAAAAGUUCCCCAAAAGAAGUAGUUUCAAAAUUCACAUGAGAACUCACACAGGGGAGAAGCCUUUCUCAUGCGAGACCUGUGGAAAGAGUUUUGGUUAUAAAAGCAGUUACAAACUUCACAGGAGUAUUCACGCAGGUGAGAAGCCUUUCUCAUGUGAGACCUGUGGAAAGCGCUUUCCACAUAAACAGAGUUUGGCAAGUCACAUGACAACUCACACAGGGGAGAAGCCUUUCUCAUGUGAGACAUGUGGAAAAGGUUUUACAGCGAAAUGGCGGUUAAAAAUUCACAUGUCAAUGCACACAGGGGAGAAGCCUUUCUCGUGUCGGAACUGUGGAAAAAGUUUUAGGUUGAAAAGCUUUUUAAAAAAUCACAUGAGAAUUCACACAGGUGAGAAGCCUUUCUCAUGUGUGACUUGUGGAAAAGGUUUUACAGCGAAAUGGGGGUUAAAAAUUCACAUGUCAAUGCACACAGGGGAGAAGCCUUUCUUGUGUCGGAACUGUGGAAAAAGUUUUAGUUUGAAAAGCUUUUUAAAAGAUCACAUGAGAAUUCACACAGGUGAGAAGCCUUUCUCGUGUCUGACCUGUGGAAAAAGUUUUAGAUUGAAAGCCGAUUUAAAAGUUCACAUGAAAAUUCACACAAGUGAGAAGCCUUUCUCAUGUGAUACCUGUGGAAAGAGUUUUAAAAGAAAAGACUAUUUGGCAUGUCACAGGACAACUCACACAGAUCAGAAGGCUUUCUCCUGUGUGACCUGUGGAAAAAGUUUUAGAAGAAAAGAUUAUUUGGUACUUCACAUGAGAAUACACACAGGCGAGAAGCCUUUCUUGUGUUUGACCUGUGAAAAAGGUUUUAGACAUGAAAGCCAUUUAAAAUUUCACAUGAGAACUCACACAGGUGAGAAGCCUUUCUCGUGUGUGACCUGUGGAAAAAUUUUUAGACAUGAAAGCAAUUUAAAAAAACACAUGAGAACUCACACAGGUGAGAAGCCUUUCUUAUGUCUGACCUGUGGAAAAAGUUACAGUGAUAGAAGAUGUCAUGUGAGAACUCACACAGCUAGGAAACCAUUCACAUGUUUGAGUUGUGGAAAAGGGUUUAGAUACAAAAGCGAAUUAAUACUUCACAUGACAACUCACACAGGUGAGAAACCUUUCUCGUGUGAGACCUGUAGAAAGAGUUUUGCCACAAAAAAUCGUUUGGCAAGUCACUUAGUAACUCACACAGACAACAAGCCUUUCACAUGUGUUGCAUGUGGAAAAGGCUUUAGAUACAAAGGCUACUUAAAAAUUCACAUGAGAAUUCAUACAGGUGAGAAGCCUUUCUCAUGUGGGAUUUGUGGAAAGAGUUUUACACAGAGAUCGCAAAUUGUCGAACACAUGACACAUCACACAGACGGCAAACCUUUCUCAUGCAUGACCUGUGAAAAAGGUUUUAAAAGUAGAAUUACUUUGGCACAUCACAUGAGAAAAAACACAGACGAGACACGUCACAUCUCAAACUCACAUCUCAAAACUCAAACAGAUGAGAAGCCUUACAAAUGUGAGAUUUGCAAAAAAGGUUUUAGACAUAAACGGAUUUUAAAAACUCACAUGAUAACUCACUCAGCUGAGAAGCCUUUCAUGUGUGUGAGUUGUGGAAAAGGGUGUAGAAACAAAGCUAAUUUUGAAAUUCACAUGAGAACUCACACAGGUGAGAAGCCUUUCAAAUGUGUGACCUGUGAAAAGAGUUUUGCAAGAAAAGAUUGUUUGUCUCUUCACUUAGUAACUCACACAGACAAGAAGCCUUUCACGUGUGUUACAUGUGGAAAAGGUUUUAAAAUUAAAAGCCACUUAAAUGUUCACAUGAGAAUUCACACAGUUGAGAAGCCUUUCUCAUGUGAGAUUUGUGGAAAGAGUUUUACACAAAAAAAUCAUAUUGUCCGACACAUGCAACAUCACACAGGCGAGAAGCAUUUCUCAUGUGGGAUUUGUGGAAAAAGUUUUACACAAAAAAGUCUAAUUGUCCAACACAUGAAACAUCACACAGACAAGAAGCCUUUAUCAUGUGGGAUUUGUGGAAAGAGUUUUAAAAGAAAAGGUACUUUGACACGUCACAUGAUAAUACACACAGAUGAGAACCCUUUCAAAUGUGAAACUUGUGGAAAAAGUUUUGUAGCAAAAUCUCAUUUGGCACGUCACUUAGAAACUCACACAGGCAAGAAGCCUUUCACAUGUGUUACAUGUGGAAAAGGUUUUAGAAAAAAAGACUAUUUAAAUAUUCACAUGAGAAUUCACACAGGCGAGAAGCCUUUCAAAUGUGAUACCUGUGCAAAAUGUUUUACACAAAAAACGCAUUUGAUAGUUCACAUGAGAACUCACACAGGUGAGAAGCCUUUCAAAUGUGAGACCUGUGCAAAAUGUUUUGCACAAAAAAAGCAUUUGAUAGAUCACAUGAGAAUCCACACAGAAACCUUUCAAAUGUGAAACUUGUGGAAAAGGUUUUGCAGCAAAAGCUUAUUUGGCAUGUCACUUAGAAACUCACACAGACAAGAAGCCUUUCACGUGUGUUACAUGUGGAAAAAGCUUUAGAUAUAAAGGCAUUCACAUGAGCUGUGACUCGUGCAAAGAGUUUUGCGACAAAAGAUAAUAUCACAUGAUAAAUUACAAAGGCCAGCAGCCUGUAUAUUCAGAGUUCGGCUCAUCAUUAUUAUUAAAGGUUUGUGGUAACUUUUGAGCCAUUACUAUAAAAAGGUUUUAAGGUUUGAGUUUAUUCAGAUAUUAAAGUGUUUUUCAGAUGACUAAUAUCUCUUAUGUAUUAUUGUGUUUGUGUUUAUCAGUAUUGUCAUUUAUUUACUGGAACAUAUACCAUGCUUCAUCUUACCUUAUACUAUGUGUUUCAACUGUCUCUCUUAUUAUUGCUGAAGGCCUGCAGAGAUAUGACUCUUUUUCCAGGAACUGAACUGUGUGAACGGCGUUGUAUUAUCUUGAAGGUCACAUUUUAACGGCUUUUUGUAACUAGGGACCUCCCUAAACACAAUAAAGAGAGAGGAAGUGCAGGGUGUGUUUCAGAGCAGUAGGAGUUGUAACUGAGCACAUCUCUGCUGUUCUCCUCGCAAAAAAAUGGAA